AUGGACGGGGUAGACUACUACCUCAAAGCGGUGAUGUCGGCCAAUGCGCAGACGGAUAUCGUGCUUGAUACGUGGAACACGGCGCACCUUGGACCUCACAUUCGGCCGGUAUUUGGUAAGGAUACUUGGACGUGGGAUUCGGUACUAAGACUUCAAUCGCCGAUGGGAGAUGUGGAUCUUGAUGUGGUCUAUGGGGUGAGAAAAAUCAAGGAGCUGCGGCGCUGGGAAGUGAGCCUGCAGAGCUGGUAUACGCACGAAAUGCACGGGGAUGGAUGUGGGUACUCUCUUAUGGAUGACCCAGAUCUGUGA